AUGCCAUGUUGCGGGCUAGAUGGUUUCGGGUGGAGCCUCCGUGACAUGAACAUCAAAGUCGAGGGGGCGAAUGUCUGCGACAUCGAGGAUCGAUACUCUAAGUACCUGAAAGCCAUCUUCGGCGACUCUUGCAAGGUCGGCAAGAGCGAGGGCGACGUCCUCCAGAUGCCCGCCCAGGACUUGCUUCUACCAGUCCAUAUGUUGGGCGCUGGGCCGCCCUGUCCGGGGUGGUCGCUCAUUGGCACGGGCGAAGGUGCUCUCGAUUCCCGUGCUGACGUAUUCAGGAUGGUCGUCGAGUGGGUCGUCUGGCUUGCUUGUUUCGGCCUAUUGGCGUUCUUCCUGGAGAACGUUGAAGGGUGCAAUAUCAAUCGCUCAGGGCAGGGAUCUUUCAUGGAGCGGGUGAAAUCAGCCUUGGAAGCCGUUCUCCCCGACUUCGCUUUCGACAUCAUCACGUUGAAAGCAUCUGAUUACAUGCUGGCACAAAACAGGACCAGGGUAUUUCUGCGCGGCCUCCGGAAGACGUGCUGCCCUGACAGAGCGACAAUCCCAUCAGCCAUGCCCCCCCUGGGCCCCCGCCCCCUGAAGGACUUCCUGAACAUGUGCCUCCCCAACACCGACGUCAAGACGUUGACGCCUCAGCUACAGAAGAACCUGAAAGACAUGGAAAAGAAACUCAAAACUGAUUUCAAAGAAGGGAAGGUGACCGAGGACAGCAUCGUUUGUUUCUCAAUCGAUCGCAAAGCGGAUAAUGUAGCCUUCAAAACGUAUUAUCUCAAGGACGUGGUCCCUACGCUCCUAACUGGUAACCGAUAUCUGUGGGUGUUGGCCAUCAGUGACCUCGAGAAGCCAGUCAGCCAGAGGAGCCUGUCCAGGUACCUUCACCCCAAGGAGAGGUUCGCCCUGCAAGGACAGCGUGGUUACAUAGAAAAACAUAAUAGUAAUGGGGCUGUCGGAUAA